AUAACAAAUUUUGUAAAUAUUCGAAAUGUUAAACCGGUAUAUAGAUAUUAUUUAUUUUUUAAUAAUAAUAACAAAUGUCUUUCAAUUUACUGCAAAUUACAAUUUACUUUCAAUUAAUACUACAAAUUUUUAUAUUGAUCAAUGCCCGGGCAUAGAAGUACAAGAUAUAACAGAUAAUGCAGAAAGUUAUGAAGUGGCACUUGUUCUGUACUACGUGUCAUGGAGUGAUGAUAGCCGUUCAACAAUCUCAACAUAUGAAGAAUUAACAAAAUAUUAUGAUAAUCACAUUUAUUUUGCAGCCAUAGAUUGUUGGCAUUUAUCAUGCAAUUGCAGUAAACCCCAUACAGGUUGGGGCGAACCAAAGCAAUGGCCAACACUUAUAGUCUACUAUGGCCAGAACACUGUAUUUCCAUAUAAUGGAAAAUGGGAUUUUGCUUCUCUUACGAAUUUUUUAAAUACACUCAUUAAACCAAUUGAACGGGUACAUUCUAAGGACGAACUAGAAGAGCUUGCUCUUAAAACAGAUGCAGUCAUAUUGGGUUUGUUUCCAAAUGCAAAUGUGGUUAAAUUUCAACACUUCCUUACGGCAAGCAUAAAAUGGCUUGAAAUAGAUCCUCAACGUGUUUAUCGAUUUGCGGUAGUGCUUGGUGACACAGCAUACGAUGUAAUUAGUGGCAUGGACACGAAAAUGCCUUUAAUUAUGGCAGUUAGAAAUAAUAGACUUGAGUUGUUUAAUAAAACAACAAAAUGGAAACCAUAUAAGAUACUUACUUGGCUACAAAAAGAUAUUAAGCCUAAAUUAACGAUUUCUUAUGGUUACGCCAGUAUUACGGCAUUAGGUACCCAAAUAAAAAGUGAAACCGUUUUAGCAAUUUUCGUUAACAAAUUACCAUUUAACAAACACUUUUAUACCAUUAUGGAUAAGGAGAUGCAUAAUAUUAAUAAAGUUAAUAGGCAUUAUCAAAAUUGCAAAGAUUUUCACAAGAAACAAAAUAAUAAUAAUCCAAGCACAGCUAUUGUAAAACGACAAAUGUAUGAAAUAAUCCAAAGAAGUCUUAGAUCACCUGGUCACUGUGCUAAUCUAGAACAACUAAACGCAUACCAACUAAUAUAUUACUACGAAAUCAAUGAAUUCCUUAGAAAUAGACUUAAUAUGUUUUCACCUGCUGCACACAAAACAUAUGACGAAUCUUCUACAGAUAAAUUACUAAAUUUAUAUACUCAAUACAAAUGCUUAACACAUCCAGAUGUAAACACAAUCGAGAUAAAAACUGCUGUUUCAAAAUUUAUAAAAAAAGCCAGCAAUAAAUUAUGGCAGAAAUCUUCAGUACAGCGAACAAAUCGUACAUUAUCAGUAAUGAUUUUGGAAGCAGAAGAAUACGAGAGUUUUUUCGAUUUGCACGGCAUACCAAAUAUAAAAUCAAAUACUGCAACGUCUAUAAUAAUUGAAGUCAGCAAGGAGCGCGUUUUUCUCAUGCAAGAGAAUUUUAAAUUUGAAGCACUAAUUAGAUUUAUGAAAAACUAUUAUGAAAACAACUUGAGUCCUUACUAUAGAACUGCGAACGUAGUGCAACCACUACCCCCAGCUCUAAACACGGUCUAUUUACAAAACUACAAUCGUCAAAUGUUUUUGAAUUUUAUACAACAACACAACACCACUUUAGUUGUGCUACUCUACUCACCAAGUUGUGCGCUUUCAGCGAUAAUAUCACACACUCUUAUCCAAUUAUCGGCUAUGGUGGACAGCACUGUCAAAUUUAUACGUCUCAAUACAAAAUCGAAUCAUUUACCUUGGGAGUUCGUUAUGUUCACUUCACCGACUCUUAUUGUAUUCCCACGUGGAAAAACAAGUGAAUCCAGAGUAUUUCCAUCUUACCUGAAAGCAGAUGUAAAGAAUGUAUAUGGAUUUAUUUUGGCACAAUUAGGACCUAUAGAUCAAUUAAAAUUAAUCAUGAGUAAUUGUCAGCGAAUUAUUCAACCAACUCGAUUAAAUAAAUGUUUGGAGUUUGCAAGAAGUCGAGUUAUGAGGCAUAUUGGAAAUCAUUUGAAAUUUUGGCAAAUAUUUGAAAACGAAAGAAAACUAAUAUUUGAACGACUAAAAGUGUUCAAAGAUAUAAGUCUGAGCAUACACCAGAGCGUUAAACUUUAAGUCUGUUAUAAAUGUGAAAUUUAGUCCUAUAUGUGUACCAAUACUGUAUUAAUAUUUAAUAUCAAAUACAAAAUUCCAUUUUAUUGU